CCAGAAACAUCAUAAACAUCGUAAACACCGCAUAUCCCCCAUCUACUGCCCGACGUUCAGAAACGAAACAAAAUCUCAGUGAACAUGGCCGCACUACCAGGACCUCUCUCUCCACAGAGACCUGCAGACCUUCUUCUACCGCAGCCACCAAAAGAAGUUCAAAUCCUCAUCAUUAAUCCAAACUCAAAUAGAGAUAUGUCUGUCGGUAUUGGCAAACUGAUCAAGGGUCAAUCCUACCCUCCGGAGCAUACCAAACUCAUAACCUUUACCGCCUCAUCUGGCGCCACCAGCAUUGAUAAUAAGGCGGAUGCUCUCGCCAGCACCAAGGUCAUAUCCUAUGAUAUCGCACAAGCGACCCCUUACUUUGCCGCCAGAGAUGCCUUUAUCGUUGCUUGUUACAGCCCUCAUCCUCUCGUUUCAGUACUCCGCAACCACCCUUCCCUCUACCGGAAACCCGUGAUCGGCAUCUUCGAAGCAAGCAUCAGUGUCUCGCUCAGCAUGCUCCCCCUUUCGGUUCCAAAAGAGUAUGUUGACCUGCCAGUUACUGCGGAUCCGCAGCCCGCGGCACGAAAGUUCACAGGCACCAAGUUUGGCAUCGUGACGACAGGCGCGGGAUGGGUUCCGGUCCUUACGGCAGGUGUUAACGACUAUCUCGGUUUACCAGCCAGCGAGACUUCCCAAUCGGCGAGGUUCAAAGGAGUGGCGACCACGGGGCUCACUGCGGAGCAGUUGCACACUACUCCACAAGAGGAAGUGAGGGAGAGAGUGGUUAAGGCCACAAGACUGCUAGUUGCGGAUGGCGAUGUGGCUGUUGUCGUAUUAGGCUGUAUUGGCAUGGCUGGCAUGGACAAGUGGGUCGAGGAUGCCUGUGUGGAAGAAUUGGGACGUCGAGCUGCAAGCCUGGUGAGGGUUGUGGACGGGAUUAAAGCUGGAGUUGCACUGGCAGUAGAAGAGGCCAGGCAUAUGAAGCAAUUGGGGUACCGAGAAGCACCCGCAGCUGAUGACGCCACGGUCAUAGAUGCGGAGGCGUAUUAAGUGAUGGCUAGAGCCCAUGUCGAGGGAGCGAGACUAGAUUACCUGUGCUGCCCAGAAGUUUGAAGAGGGACUGUGGAUACAAGUAGAGAUUAUAACAGCUAUAAUUAAAAUAAAG